GGAAAUAUUACUUGUCUCUUUCCAGUGUUGAAAUAGAACCUGAGAAGCAGAAAACAUGUUGGAAACAAUUGAUACACAUCGGGCCCUCCAGGCCAUGGAACGCUUACAGGCAAAACUUCGGGAUCGAGGUGACGUUGCAAAUGAAGAGAAACUGAACCUAUUAAAAUCAGUGCUGCAGAGUCCUCUCUUUAAUCAAAUUCUGAGCCUUCAGACUUCUGUUCAACAACUGAGAGAUCAGGUGAAUAUUACACCUUCCAUACAUUCCAGUGGUGAAUUCCCUCAGCUUCUCCAUCAUGGUGUGAACGUGGGGUCCUUGCCACUUAAUGAGUCGUAUUUGUUGGCUCAGCAGAAUGGCAGCCCAGCUAAUGCGUUAGAAGCAUCAAUGAGAUCAAUUACACCUCAGAUUAAUGGGAAAUUCUCUAGUGAUGACUUUGAGCAGCUAAUCAGAAACAUGUCCCAGGGUCGUCUUGUUGAGACAAUUGACCUUGUUAAACCUCUAAGUGGUGGUCUGGGCUUCAGUGUUGUGGGACUCAAGAGUGAAAACAGGGGAGAACUAGGAAUAUUUGUACAAGAAAUCCAGGAGGGAAGUGUGGCACACAGAGAUGGAAAGCUGAAGGAAGCAGAUCAAAUCCUUGCUAUUAAUGGACAAGCCCUUGAUCAGACAAUUACACAUCAACAGGCUAUCAGCAUUUUGCAGAAAGCAAAAGAUAAUGUCCAGCUAGUUGUGGCUAGAGGCACUUUUCCUCAGCUCAUCAGUCCUGUAGUUUCCCGGUCUCCAUCUGCUGCUAGCACAGUUUCAGCCCAUUCCAACCCGGUUCACUGGCAGCAUGUGGAGACCAUAGAGUUGGUGAAUGAUGGCUCAGGUCUGGGAUUUGGGAUAGUGGGAGGAAAGUCAACUGGAGUGAUUGUUAAAACCAUCCUCCCAGGAGGGGUUGCUGAUCAGCAUGGAAGACUGUGUAGUGGAGAUCACAUCUUGAAAAUUGGUGAUACAGACCUAGCUGGAAUGAGCAGUGAGCAGGUGGCACAAGUUCUUAGGCAAUGUGGAAAUAGAGUGAAACUGGUAAUUGCAAGAGGUCCUGUUGAGGAGCCAGUUCUACCAGCAGUUCCUCCAGGUACACCAGUACCCACCUCUACACCAGAGAAACAGGAUGAUGCUUCUAUUGAUAGCUGUGAAGAUGGGGAAAAAUUCAAUGUUGAACUCACUAAAAACAACCAAGGUUUAGGAAUAACAAUUGCUGGUUACAUUGGAGACAAGAUAUCAGAACCUUCUGGUAUCUUUGUGAAAAGUAUUACAAAAGGCAGUGCUGUUGAACAUGAUGGCAGAAUCCAUGUGGGAGAUCAAAUUAUAGUUGUGGAUGGAACAAAUCUUCAGGGUUUUACUAACCAGCAAGCAGUUGACGUUUUGCGGCACACAGGACAAACAGUUCAGCUCACUUUGAUUAGAAGAGGUCUUAAGCAGGAAAAUCGUAUUCCACCCCAGGAGGACUUCAGUGCUCCUGUUGAGAAGGACUUAUUAUUCCAAGCGAUGGAUAGUACCACAGCCAAAGAUAACAAUGAAACAGAACAGGAAUCCCCAUCACUGCCAUGCAGUGCCAGAGUGGUAAAUAUUGGAGAUGACAUGAAACAACAGGAAACAGAUUUCCAGCUAACUAAUACAGAAGAAGCAGCUGCAAAGCUAAAAUGGCAGAGGAUUAUGGGUUCGAAUUAUGAAAUAGUGGUGGCUGUGGUUAACAAAUUUAGUGAAAGUAGUGGGUUAGGGAUAAGCCUUGAAGCUACAGUGGGUCAUCAUUUCAUCAGAUCUAUCUUACCUGAAGGGCCAGUUGGACGAAGCGGCAAGCUGUUCAGUGGAGAUGAGCUGCUGGAAGUGAAUGAGAUCUCUCUGCUUGGAGAAAACCACAAGGAUGUGGUCAGUAUCUUGAAAGAGCUGCCUAUUAAGGUGACAAUGGUGUGCUGUCGUCCAGUAGCUCCACCUGUCACUCAACCAGAAAUACUGGAGAGUCUAAGCCUAUCUGACGUUCAGCUCACAGAAAAGGGUCACAUAGAACUUGGAUUCAUUGGCUCCUCAGACACAGAGGGAACAACUUUGGAAACAGCUGAUGAGGGUCAGAGUAUGGAAGAGGUACAAAGCUCAUCUCUGGCAAUGUGGGAAACAGAAGUACAGCACAUUGAGCUGGAGAAAGGGAGUAUGGGGCUUGGAUUUAGCAUAUUGGACUAUCAGGAUCCUGUUGAUCCAGCAAACACUGUAAUUGUGAUUCGCUCAUUAGUUCCUGGGGGUGUGGCUGAGCAAGAUGGCAGACUUCUUCCUGGAGAUCGGCUUAUGUUUGUCAACGAUAUCAACUUGGAAAAUGGCAGCCUGGAGGAAGCAGUGCAAGCACUGAAAGGAGCCCCAACAGGAGCAGUUAAAAUAGGAGUUGCCAAACCAUUGCCUGUGGACUCUGGCGAGGCAGAUCUAGCGGAUGAGUCCACCUUUGAAUCACAGUAUUCUCUAGAGAGAGACGUCUUCCACGAUUCAGCAACAGCUCUGCAUGACAGUGCCUGUAGCGGUGAGGUGAACGACGGCUUCUCGCUUCCAUUACCAACUCCAAAGUCUGUUGGCGAGGAAUGCCCAAAUGCUGCAACUGAUUUCCGUCUAUCUGAGAAGAAUCUGUACAACAUGAAUCUGAAUCAGACACCGAGAGAUGAAAAGUCUAUAGUGGACAGUAGCGUGGAAACUGGAAGUGAUUUUACUAAAACAGAUCUUCUGACUCUGGAGGUUUCAGAUAUCAACCAAAAUGAAAGUGAAAAUACAGCAGCAUGGACUGGAUCUCAGACGGCAUCAGCAAUUGUACUAAAUACAAGCCUUGCUACUACCACACAGCUUGAUCACAAUGAAAAAGAUCAAUUGCUUUUAAUGGAAAAGAGAUGCCCAGUGUCUUUGGAGGGAAAUUCCACACUCCCAAAUACAGUCAAAAACAUGUAUGAGAAGACUAUCACUAUUGCAAAAGGCAAUUCAAGCCUAGGGAUGACAGUAAGUUCAAAUAAAGAUGGUUUGGGAAUGAUAGUUCGCAGUGUUAUCCAUGGAGGCUCAAUAAGUCGUGACGGACGGAUUGGUGUGGGGGACUGCAUCCUGUCCAUUAAUGAAGAGUCAACCACUAACUUAACCAAUGCACAAGCCCGGGCUAUGCUGAGACGACAUUCACUCAUUGGACCAGACAUAAAAUCUUCUCCAGCACCUGCUGAUGAUCAGGCCCUCUGUUAUGUUAUUACGUAUGUGCCAGCAGAAAAUUUAGACGAGUACAGGGCCAGUUUGGGACAACAGACAGAGGGAGCUGUGCCACUUGAACUUUUUCCUUCACAUAUUGCCAGGGAACUCCCAGAGCUUCCAGAACGUGAAGAGGGGGAGGGAGAAGAAAGUGAACUUCAAAAUGCAGCUUUCAGUAACUGGAAUCAGCCCAGAAAGGUUGAACUCUGGAGAGAGCCUAGCAAGUCGUUGGGGAUCAGCAUUGUUGGAGGACGAGGGAUGGGAAGCCGCCUGAGUAAUGGAGAAGUGAUGAGAGGGAUCUUUAUCAAACACAUUCUGGAAGACAGUCCAGCUGGCAAAAAUGGAACACUGAAAACUGGAGAUCGGAUUGUAGAGGUGGAUGGAAUUGACCUCAGAGAUGCCAGCCACGAACAAGCUGUGGAAGCCAUACGGAAGGCAGGCAAUCCUGUAGUCUUUAUGGUACAGAGCAUUAUAAGCAGACCGAGGGCAUUUGGUCAGUCUGAUACAGAGCCAGAAAAGACUUCGCUUUGUAACAUGCCUCUGCCCCCUCCCUCAGCAUUUUCUGGAAUGAGUUGUGAUGCUGCACAGUCAUCUUCUAUCAGACUCCCAGAAGAUGUGGAGAAGGACGAUGAGUUCGGUUACAGCUGGAAAAAGAUCAUGCAGCGCUAUGGAAGUCUGCCAGGGGAGCUACACAUGAUUGAGCUGGAAAAAGGAAAGACAGGUCUGGGACUUAGUCUUGCUGGUAACAGAGACCGAUCCAGGAUGAGUGUCUUUAUAGUGGGAAUUGAUCCAAAUGGAGCAGCUGGAAAAGAUGGCAGGUUACAGAUUGCAGAUGAGUUGCUAGAGAUAAAUGGCCAAAUUCUUUAUGGAAGGACUCAUCAGAAUGCUUCUUCAAUAAUCAAAUGUGCACCAUCUAAAGUUAAAGUAAUCUUUAUAAGAAACAAAGAUGCAGUAAAUCAGAUGGCUGUUUGCCCUGCAAAGUCAAUAGAGGCUUCACAGUGUACUUCAGGGACAUUUCAACAUCAAGAGAUUGAUAUUAGUGUUGCAAACCCAAGUGCAUUUUCUGACUUGAGUUCAUGUAAAAACAUUCAGUAUGUGGAACUUCCUAAGGAUCAAGGAGGCUUUGGAAUUGCCAUUAGUGAAGAAGACACAACUAAUGGAGUAGUUAUUAAAAGCUUAACAGAUCAUGGUGCAGCUGCAAAGGAUGGACGUAUCAAAGUUGGAGAUGUGAUUCUGGCAGUGGAUGAUGAAAUUGUUGUGGGAUAUCCUGUAGAAAAGUUUAUUAGUCUCCUGAAGACUUCCAAAUCUGUGGUGCGGCUUACAAUCAAUCCAGCAGAGACAGAUAACCUGACUACAGCACCAGCCCCUUCCAGCACUGUCCCAGCAGAGAAGAGGAAUAUGCAACCACCAGCAGCUGUCCCCACUUCCACCUCACCAGAACCAGAAGCAGUCAAAAACACAAGCAGGUCUUCAACUCCAGCCAUGUUAACCUCUGACCCAGCUACUUGUCCCAUCAUUCCUGGAUGUGAAACAACCAUUGAUAUCUCCAAAGGGCGGACUGGUCUUGGUCUGAGCAUUGUUGGAGGAGCAGACACUUUGCUGGGAGCAAUCAUUAUCCAUGAAGUAUAUGAAGAAGGAGCAGCGUCUAAAGAUGGACGACUGUGGGCUGGUGAUCAGAUACUAGAGGUGAACGGAAUUGACCUCAGGAAUGCCACACAUGAUGAAGCCAUUAAUGUCCUCCGACAGACACCCCAAAAAGUUCGUCUGACUGUGUACAGAGAUGAAGCCCAGUACAAAGAGGAAGACAUGUAUGAUGUACUGAAUAUAGAGCUCCAGAAGAAGCCUGGUAAAGGCCUCGGGCUGAGUAUUGUUGGGAAGAGAAACGACACAGGUGUAUUUGUAUCAGACAUCGUCAAAGGAGGAAUAGCAGAUACAGAUGGGAGAUUGAUGCAAGGAGACCAGAUAUUAAGAGUGAAUGGAGAAGAUGUCCGAAACGCUAACCAGGAGGCUGUUGCAGCUUUGCUAAAGUGUUCCUUAGGUACAGUAAGACUAGAGGUUGGAAGAAUAAAAGCUGGGCCUUUUCACUCUGAGAGAAGAACAUCCCAAAGCAGCCAGGUCAGUGAAGGAAGUGGCAGUCUCUCAUCAUUCAGUUUCCCAGUUUCUGGGUCCGGUGCACCUGAGGUCUUUGAAAGUGGUCUAAAGAAGAAUACCACAGCUUCUGAAAUACAGGGACUAAGAACAGUUGAAAUAAAAAAGAGCCCUGCAGAUUCACUUGGAGUGAGCAUUGCUGGAGGUGUAGGAAGUCCUCUUGGAGAUGUUCCUAUAUUUAUUGCCAUGAUGCACCCGAAUGGAGUUGCAGCUCAGACUCAGAAAUUAAGAGUUGGGGACAGGAUUGUUAGCAUCUGUGGAACAUCUACCGAGGGCAUGACUCAUUCCCAAGCUGUUAAUAUCUUAAAAAAUGCUUCAGGCACUAUUGAGUUGCAGGUUGUAGCUGGAGGAGAAGUAAGUGUCAUAACUGGUCAGCAGCAGGAUCCGCCUACGUCCAGUCUUUCAUUUUCAGGACUAACUUCAACUGGCAUUUUUCAGGAUGAUUUAGGACCUCCUCAGUACAAGACCAUUACUCUGGACAGAGGACCAGACGGCCUUGGCUUUAGUAUUGUGGGUGGCUAUGGCAGUCCCCAUGGAGACUUACCCAUUUAUGUGAAGACAGUGUUUGCAAAGGGUGCAGCAGCAGAAGAUGGACGCCUCAAGAGGGGGGAUCAAAUCAUUGCUGUGAAUGGGCAGAGUUUAGAAGGUGUGACCCACGAGGAAGCAGUUGCUAUUCUGAAAAGGACAAAAGGAACAGUCACUUUGACUGUGUUGUCAUGAACUGGCUGCCUGACUGGUUAAGGUCAAUAAGACAAUAUUGUUUACUUUCCACAUAGUAAAGAGAAUGGAAAUGUUUAUGUAAUCUUCUUGCUCUUUCAGCUUCACAGGACUGUGUAACAACACUGAAAAAAAGUAACAUUUAACCAUAUUUUUGUAUACAUUAGAAGUACUUCUCUUUCUGAGAAACCACUGGGAUGAAGUUAUGUUAACUAUGGAAACACAUGGACAUUUUUCCUAUUAGUAAGUCACCACGAAAAAAAGAAAGUUUUCAUGAAUAACUGCACAAGAAAAUGGAAAUGUUUUGGUAAG